UCGCUCUCCUCAACAGCCCGGAUGUAGCGCACAGGACCGCACAGUCCUCCUCUCACUGAUAAUAACAUGGCGCUGGCAGACACAUAACGGAGCCCACUAUAAUAAUAAUAUCCACAACAACAGACCAAAAUAAGCGACGGGACAUGUGAGCUCUUCGACCCCGGGACACGCAGGUUUGCCAGGGUUUUCCAGCAUGUUUGGGAAGAAGAAGAAACGGCUGGAGAUCUCAGCUCCGUCUAACUUUGAGCACCGGGUCCACACGGGCUUCGACCCGCGGGAGCAGAAGUUCACCGGGCUGCCGCAGCAAUGGCAGAGCCUCCUGGCGGACACUGCCAACCGCCCCAAGCCCAUGGUGGACCCCUCCUACAUCACCCCCAUCCAGCUGGCACCAAUGAAGACCAUCGUUCGAGGGAACCGGCCACCCAAAGAUGCUUCCAUCAACGGCCUGCUGGAGGAUUUCGACAACAUAUCGGUAACGCGCUCCAACUCCCUGCGCAAAGAGAGUCCGCCAGGCGCCCACCAGGCUGGAAGCAGCUCCAAACCCUCCGGCAGUGGUCAUCCCAACGCUCCGGAGGAGAACGGAUUCAACCAUUACUACUCCCGCUACUCCUGUGACCUUGACACCUCCAGCAGGGACUUCUCUCUCGAUCCCAGCAAGCCGAGCUUCUCCAUAGAUGGGGACUGGGCAGUUGGGAGGCACUAUCGAUUCACCAAACAGAAUGGUCACUCGUACCCCAUACGCAGCCCCUUCUACCCGGACGCCAUGCCCCAAAAAUCAGACUAUGGCAAACUUCCCCCGGACUACCACACCUACUUGGAGAGCAAAGGGCGCUCUGCUGAUGAGGUGGCCUCCACAGUGGGGAGCGGGGUGGGCUCCAGCGGCUACUAUCGGGCGUCUGUGGGUGGCUCGUCCAGCCAGGACUACAGGGACACUUCAGUGGGCACGCCCUCUCGUGCAUCGCUGCACAGCGAGCAGAUCAACUACCCAGACAGUGAGUGGAGCUACGGCGGCCUGCGGGACGAAUAUGAAAAGCGACCCAAGAGUUCCUACGUGACGCAGACGAGCCCCACGCCGGCUAUAAGGCAGCGAUCUCGGUCAGGCUCUGGGCUUCAGGAGCCAAAUGUCCCGUAUGCGGCCAGCGGGGCGUUCAAGAACCCUCCGCAGGCCCACCCUUACAGCUCCUACACCUACCCCCGCCUCUCGGAGAGUCUCGCCAACUCACAGACCUUAACCAAGGGUGACUACGAGCGUCCCGCACGUGACGGCAGUCCCCAGGUCACAGGUGGAGACACCUACCCCCGUGGGCCUCUUAAACAACCUCAGAGUCACAUGAAGCCUCCUGGCUACCCCCCAGCACACCUGCCCUACCCACCUGUGUUUCACCAUUACAAACCUUCACCCUACCACCACCCCCCCUCCCAGCCCAGCCCACCGUACACCCCUCAGGGGGCCUACUCACAGCCUUCAUCACCCUACAUCCCCCCGGGGGCCUACCCGCCUCCUUCCUGGGGGUCCAGCUCCGACACUCAGCCCUCCAGAGUCUCUCAUGAGCAGUUCAGAGCUGCACUUCAACUGGUGGUCAAUCCAGGCGACCCUCGGGAGUACCUGGACAGCUUUAUUAAAAUCGGCGAGGGCUCCACGGGUAUCGUGUGCAUCGCCAGCGAGAAACACAGCGGCAAGCAGGUGGCUGUGAAGAAGAUGGACCUCAGGAAACAGCAGAGGAGAGAGCUGCUCUUUAAUGAGGUGGUGAUCAUGAGGGACUACCACCACGAGAACGUGGUCGACAUGUACAACAGCUACCUGGUUGGAGACGAGCUGUGGGUUGUCAUGGAGUUUCUCGAGGGCGGGGCACUCACUGACAUCGUGACUCACACCAGGAUGAAUGAGGAACAGAUUGCGACAGUGUGUUUGUCGGUGCUGAGGGCUCUGUCCUACCUGCACACACAGGGCGUCAUCCACCGCGACAUCAAGAGCGACUCCAUCCUCCUGACCAGCGAUGGCAGGAUCAAGCUGUCAGACUUCGGCUUUUGUGCCCAAGUUUCCAAAGAGGUGCCCAAGAGGAAGUCGCUCGUGGGCACGCCAUACUGGAUGGCACCCGAGGUCAUCUCGAGACUACCUUAUGGGACUGAGGUGGAUAUCUGGUCUUUAGGCAUCAUGGUGAUCGAGAUGGUGGACGGAGAGCCCCCGUACUUCAACGAACCCCCUCUGCAGGCCAUGAGGAGGAUACGAGACAACCUGCCCCCUCGGCUAAAAGAGUCGCACAAGGUGUCCUCGGUGCUGCGGUCCUUCCUGGAUCUGAUGCUGGUGAGGGAGCCCUCGCAGAGAGCCACGGCCCAGGAACUCCUCCAGCACCCCUUCCUUAAGCUGUCCGGCCCUCCUUCCUGCAUCGUCCCCCUCAUGAGACACUAUCGCCACCGCUGACCCGCCGGCCCCCAAAGACCCGCCUUCCUCCACACUAAAAAACACACACAUACACACACUACCAGGGUGGCACUGCCCUCACCCAGCCAAAACACCCCACCGCUUGGUGACACGCCACUAACACUCACACCUGUAACCGUGACGUAGAUUAGCUAGAGGAAUAUCUAAGAAACUACAUUUUUUAAAAAACACACAGAGACAGAGAAAAGAAGAAAAAAAAUCGUUAACCAUUUUGAAACUAUGAGCCGGAGUAGAAAUGUGCCGGAGGAACUCAGUAGAAACACACAGGCCGGCUCGCCUCGCUGCCGUCUUCUCUCUUCCCAGACUGCGAGUCCUCAGCUCCACGUAGAGCUGUCGUAGCCAUCAGAAAGAGCUUCAGAAGGGUGUGGCGAGCUGCCGACGUGGCGGUGGAGGGACGCCGGGGCCCGGCGCUCUGCUCUGGACCAGAGCAGCAGAGGGCGGAGCAAUCAGCUGCGUGCAG